AUGGCGCGACUCGUGCGGAGAUCGACCACAUACUCAUCAACCGGAGGUGGUGUAUACUUGACGUCGUCAGUAGUACCAUCCUUUUGUACUGGUUCUGAUCACCGUCUCUUUCGUGCGAAAAUACGACUUAGCCACACGAUGGAAAAGAACAUCUGCUAUCGGCAGCGAGGGAGAAAAGAAGUUGUCUACGACGAUUGCGUACUCGAGAACUCCUUGUCCCAAGGUGACUGGCACAUCGAGGAGGACCCAAACGUGGACUACGAAAUGCUGCUCAGAGGAUUACGAGCCUGUGCUGAGCGUGCCCCGAAGCCGCGCACGACAAACUUGGAUCGAAUUUCGAAGACCACCAAGGAAUUGUUGGAAAGAAGAAGGGCUUUGAGGCUCGAUCCGAAUGCAUCGCACAUUGAGCGGUUAGUAGCAAACACUAGUUGCAGAAAAGCGUUGCAGGAGGAUCUUUUGAAAUACAUUCAGAAGAAGAUUCUGGAAGCAGCGCAAAGAAGAACGAGUAUAAAGAAGUGCCGCAGGGAUCUCCGCGAAUAUAAUAUUCCGCUAGCAACCUUGCUGAGCGAAGACGGGAUUCGCACGUCUUCUCGUCGUGAGAUAGGAAUCAUUACGGAGAGGUUCUAG